CCCUGCCUGGGCUGCCUUCCUUCCUUCCCUCCUCCUCCUCCAGGUGGCUCCUUCCAAGGCGGCGCGGAAGGCGAAGCGAAGGCACCCCGAUGCGGCGGGCGGCUGGGCUGCCUCCUCCUCGCCUCCAGCAACAGAGCAAGGAAUGAUGAGACAGAGAGGGCUUCAUUCUUCUAUUUGCUGAAGGCGGAUGGAGGCUCCUCAUUCUCCUUUCUGAACGUGUUUCAAUCAGAGGUGAAUGUAAUCAGGCGAACAUCCAGGAUAAAUCUGCAGUAAUGAAGACUUUUGCUACCUCUGCUUCUGGGAUUAUUUUAUUUCUGAUAGUCUUCAUACAGAGGAGUGAUGGCAAGUGUAAAGAAGCAGUUUCAAGGCCAGAGAUGAAUCUGAAUGUCAUUUUCCAGCUACUUAAUUUCACUGCAGAAACACCAAUACAAAAUAUAGUUCUAUACAAGAAUCACUUCUAUGUAGGAGCUCUCAAUAAAAUAUAUGUCUUGAAUGAAAGCCUUCACAAUGUUUUUGUGUACAAAACUGGACCUGUUUUGGAGAACCCAGAUUGUGGUCCCUGUACAGAGUGUAAACCUAAAUUCAAUCAAUCUGAAAACAUUUGGAAGGAUAACAAGAACAUGGCUCUAUUCCUAGAAACAUACUAUGAUCAUCAGCUGAUCAGCUGUGGGAGUGUUGCAAAAGGAACUUGCCAGCGCCAUGUCAUUCAUCCUGGGGAUCCUGCUGACAUUGGAAGUAAUGUGCACUGUAUGUAUCCUAAGAUAAUGGAUGAAGAAUCAGACCAGUGUCCUGAUUGUGUCGUAAGCCCUUUAGGAAGCAAAGUUCUGGUGACAGAAAAGGAAAGAUUUGUGUACUUCUAUGUUGGGAAUACCGUAAAUAAUUCAUCUCAGCAAUUCCAUUCGCUACAUUCAAUAUCAGUCCGGAGAUUAAAAGAAACCUUGGAUGGUUUUGAGUUUCUCACGCCUUACUCUUAUAUUGACAUCCUUCCAGAAUUCAGGGAUUCAUACCCCAUUAAGUACAUUCAUGCAUUUGAAAAGGACCACUUUGUGUACUUUCUCACUGUCCAGAGAGAAUCUCUAGACUCCCAGGCUUUUCACACAAGGAUCAUACGGUUCUGUUCUUUUGAUUCUGAGCUGCGUUCAUACAUGGAAAUGCCCCUUGAAUGUAUUUAUACUGAAAAACGUAAAAAGAGGUCAACCAAGCGGUCAAAUGAGGUGUUUAAUCUUCUACAAGCUGCCUAUAUUAGUAAGCCGGGUGCAGUCUUAGCCCAGGAAAUGGGGCUUGAUGUUAAUGAUGAUAUUCUGUUUGGUGCAUUUGCCCAAAGUAAACCAGAUUCUUCAGAACCAACUCAUAAAUCUGCUGUCUGUGCAGUUUCUAUAAAAACCAUCAACGAAUUCUUUGGCAAGAUUGUGGACAAACAAAACAUGAAGUGUCUUCAGCAUCUUUACAGGAAGAACAACAAGUUCUGUCUGAACAGGACUUUUUCAAGAAACACUACCUAUUGUGGAGCACAAGAUGAGGAGUAUCGGGUGGAGGUCACAACAGCCUUGCAACGGAUUGACUUAUUUUCAGAGCAGUUCAACACAGUUUUGUUAACAUCCAUAUCUGUCUUCACAAAAGGGCAUCUUACUAUAGCAAAUCUUGGGACGUCUGAAGGCCGCUUCAUGCAGAUAGUGAUUUCCCGUUCAGAACGCACAACACCAUAUGUGAAUUUCCACUUGGAUUUUCAACCUGUUUCUCCAGAGGUUAUAAUUGAGAAUUUACCUGACAAUGAUGGUUAUGUGCUGGCAAUCACUGGGAAGAAGAUAACCAAGAUCCCAUUAACUGGACCAGGAUGUUCUCACUUCAGUACCUGCAGUCAAUGCCUUCUGUCACCUUCCUUCAUGAACUGUGGCUGGUGUGGAAAUCGGUGUACAUAUUCUUGGGAGUGCAGUGCAGGAGGGUGGACACAGGAGACGUGCUCACCCCAGAUCUCUGAGAUUUUUCCAAGCAGUGCAGCUUUUGAUAGUGUAACAAGACUGACACUGUGCGGAUGGGACUUUGGAUUCAGCAAAAAUAACAAGUUCAGUUUAAAGAAAAUGUCAGUUCUUAUAGGGAAAGACCAGUGCAUUCUGGAUGUCAAAGCUAGUGACAAAAACAAAUUGGAGUGCACAAUUGGUCCUGUAAAGAAUGCAAGUUUUAAUGUUUCAAGCACUGUUUCCAAUGGACAAGUUAAUGCUUCAUUCAAUACAUUCUCUUAUGUGGAUCCCAUAAUAAGUAGUAUCUCCCCCACCUACGGUCCAAGAUAUGGUGGGACGUUGCUGACAAUAACUGGGAAAUACUUAAGCAGUGGGAAUUCUCGCGAAGUUUAUGUUGGUAGAAAGCCUUGCAACAUAGCCAGAGUGUCUGAUAAUAUCAUAGAGUGCUACACCCCUCUACAAAGAGAAGUAUCAGAGUGUCAUGUCAGAAUGAAAAUUGACUCAGCCUUUCGUUCAGCAGGUCAUUUUACAUACAGAGAAGAUCCUGCUGUUUCUAAAAUUUAUCCUGCUAAAUCAUUCCUUAGUGGCGGAAGCACAAUUACAGCCCAGGGGAUCAACUUGAAUUCCGCAUUCUCUCCAAAGAUGGUGGUAACAGUUCCUAAGCUAGGCAGAAACUUUACUUUGGCAUGUAACCAUCACUCAAAUUCUGAAAUAAUCUGUUGUACAACUCCUUCACUGGAAACCUCUACUCUGACACUGCCUUUUGUGACAAAAGUUUUUUUCAUUUUUGAUGGUGUCAUCUCAUCUGGUUUUAACUUUGAUUAUGUGAAAGACCCUGUCUUUGCCAUCUCAGAGAAGCCACUGCUGAUUUCAAAGGGAAACCAAAUUAUAGCGAUUAAGGGAAAUAACAUUGACUCUGAAGCUAUUAAAGGGGAAGUGGUAAAAGUUGGAAACAAGAACUGUGAGAAUAUCACCUUGAAGUUGCAAUCUGUUUAUUGUACUGUUCCUAAAGAGCUGUUGAAAUCUAACAGUGAACUGAAUAUUGUGUGGAAGAAAGAAACUUCAUCCACAGUUAUUGGGAAAGUUCAGAUUCAGCCUGAUCAGAAUUCUACAGCACUCAUUGCAGGCAUUGUGGCAACUCUGAUUAUUAUCUCACUGUGUCUCUUUGGACUUCUUUUGUGGAGAAAAAAGAGAAAGCAAAUCAAAGAUUUAGGCAGAGAGAUUGUUCGCUAUGAUGGAAGAGUGCAUACUCCUCACUUGGACAGACUUGUGAGUGCAAGGAGUGUGAGCCCUACAACAGAGAUGGUCUCAAGUGAAUCUGUAGAUUACAGGUCAACCUUUUUAGAAGAUCUUUUUCCAACUUUUUCUCAGAAUGGGUCAUGCAGACCAGCUCAGUAUCCUCAUGGAGACCUAUCUCCCAUUCUUUCUACGGGAGACUCUGACAUAGCCAGUCCAUUGCUGCAAACUAAUGUCCACAUUGAUAUCAGUGCCUUAAAUCCUGACUUGGUCAAAGAAGUUGAGCAUGUGGUUAUUGGUGCUGAUAGCCUAAUAGUGCAUUUUAAUGAAGUAAUAGGAAGAGGACACUUUGGAUGUGUCUAUCAUGGAACUUUGUUAGAUACUGAUGGCAAGAAAAUUCAUUGUGCGGUAAAAUCUUUGAACAGGAUUACAGACUUGGAUGAAGUAGCUCAGUUUCUGAAAGAAGGGAUCAUAAUGAAGGAUUUCACUCAUCCUAAUGUCUUGUCCUUACUUGGAAUUUGCUUACCCAGUGAAGGGUCUCCCUUGGUAGUGCUUCCUUACAUGAAACAUGGAGAUCUUCGAAACUUUAUCAGGAAUGAGUCUCAUAAUCCAACAGUAAAGGAUUUGAUUGGAUUUGGCCUACAAGUGGCAAAGGGGAUGAAAUAUCUUGCAAGCAAAAAGUUUGUCCACAGAGAUUUAGCAGCAAGAAAUUGUAUGCUGGAUGAAAAAUUUACUGUCAAGGUUGCUGAUUUUGGCCUUGCUAGAGAUGUCUACGAUAAAGAGUACUACAGUGUACACAAUAAAACAGGAGCCAAACUGCCAGUAAAAUGGAUGGCUUUAGAAAGUUUGCAAACUCAGAAGUUCACUACAAAGUCAGAUGUGUGGUCUUUUGGAGUAUUGCUUUGGGAAUUGAUGACAAGAGGAGCCCCACCCUACCCUGAUGUGAAUUCUUUUGAUAUCACUGUUUAUUUACUACAAGGAAGAAGGCUAUUACAACCUGAAUAUUGCCCAGAUGCACUAUACGAAGUCAUGCUCAAGUGUUGGCAUCCCAAACCUGAACUACGGCCAGCAUUUUCUGAAUUGGUUUCAGAUAUAUCAGUGAUCUUCUCCACUUUCAUUGGGGAGCAUUAUGUUCAUGUGAAUGCCACCUAUGUCAACGUGAAAUGUGUUGCACCUUAUCCAUCUCUGUUGUCAUCACAAGACAAUAUAGAUAGGGAUGCUGAUACAUGAUCAGGCAUAUUAACUGUUAUCAUCAUGGAGGAAAAGAAAUAGCGGCCAACUAAUUUUUUGCCAGCUGGUUUUUGUGAAACCACUGUUGUUUGUGUAUGCGUGUGUGUGUAAUGUACAAAUUGCACUAUUUUGAGGAGACAAUUUCAUGUUGUUGAAAGCUACAGGAUCAUAUAUUGUCCAAACACAAUUUUCAAGUGUGACAGGCAGCUAUAGCAACUAUCACUGCUAUUGGAACCGUGCCUCUACUGCCAAUUGUCACUCAUCUCUGAGCAAUCCUGCUGCUGUUAUAAAUUAUACUGCGUUCAACUGGCAAGCUCAGAAAUUCAUCAGGAAAUCAGAGUGCCAGUCAUCUAAAGAAUGAGCUAUCACGGUUGGUCAGCAGAUUUUUGUUGUUGUCGUUGCAUAAGGGCCAGGUUAAAUAAUGCAUAUUCCAGAAUUGCAAAGAUUUGUGCUAACUUGUUAAAAGUUUGCUUUGCUUAUUACAGCAGAUAGUCUGUUUAAGAGGCAUGCAGGUUGCCCAGGUCACCAAAUGGCCAUUUGCUACUGGUCAAGGUUUCACAAUUCUUGUUCUAAUUAUGCGAUAAAAUCAUUGCAACUGCUUUGAGACUUGAGAGCAACAUAUUGAGCUAAAAGGUCAUUGAAGAAAGCAUUCCCAUUCAACAAAAUGAGAUCUUUGGAGAAGUCUCUGUAAUGAGUAGGCCAAAGAGUAGGUUGAACAAACCUGUGGAUAACAUUCUAGAGAGGACAUUUAAAAAUUGUGCAGAAAACCUGAAAGGAUUUCUAGGUCGUGACUAGAUUUUAGCAACAGUGACUAUGAAUCAAAGGAACUGCAGUAGAAGAAAGAUGGAGAUCUUUUAAAAGGAUGGGGGACAACCUUGAAUCAAAUGAAGUGUAGCACUGUGUAACUGCUGCUAAUUUGGGUGUGCUAUGUGUAAGGAAAUUUGGGAAGAGAUUGUGAUACAUACUAUCUGACGGAUGCAUUCAUCUGGUUCUUUAGAUUGUGACGUGCCAUAUAUAUCUUCAUGAUGACCAAUUUUUUAAAAAAAUUAAAACAAAAAUAACUUAAAAGGUUUUUUUCUAAAAUAAACUAUGCUCUUAACUUUGACUGAGCAUCAUUUUUCAUUUUUGUUCCUGUGGAAUUCUGUGCAUUCUACUGUACAGACUGUUUGGUGUAGGGUUAAAUACCUAGAGGUUUUGUUUUUGGUGUAAAUCCUUUCAAAGCAUUCUAUUUUUAUAUUGAAAUUUUUAUUUUUAAUUAUAUAUAGAUAUAAAGAUAUAUAUAAUGGUUUGGUUAGGACAUAAAAUAACACACUGUGAAAACUUCAAGAAUACUUUGUCAGCUUUCGAUUCACAAGUUGUAAAGAAGUUAAAAACCUGAUUCUGUAAAGACUGGAAUGGAAAAGAGCUGGUUGCGUGCCAUCUCCACCUCUAGUAUUAAAAUCUCCAUAGCUGGAAUCAAAAACACUUUUAAGGUCUUCGAGAAAGCAAUGCCAAUGAAGAAUUAUAAGGGAGAUUUAUUGUUCUUGAGAGAGAAUGCUACACUGAAAGAUUUAUGAUGAAGCUGGAGUGGGUAAGCAAACUACUUGCUGAUAAUACUGGAUUGUAUUAAACUGCCACAUCUAUUUUGGCAGCAAAUGCUUCAUGUGUGCUGAGAGCAAUGUUAAUUGUGAGCUACCUUAGCACAGAUUUUUUUUGCUGCAGGUCAAAAGAAGACAAAAAGAUCUUGAGGGCUAAGGGAAAUGAUGAUGCCACGGUUUAGUGUGCUAAUACUAUACCUGUAAACACAUGCUUCGAGGAAUGCAAGGCAGCGACUGGUUGGGGGUGAAAUUGCUGUGUUAUUUAUGAGGAGAAAAUAAUGUUGUGUCUAGGGCACCUGUAAAUAAUAUGUGAUUCUUGUAUGGAUUUUGAUGUUUGUACAUUCAUAUACUUGCCAAUAAAAAGGAUGGUACUUUAUCUUUAUAAUUGUGGUGACCUAACAAACGUAUUAAAAUAAAGAAAAACAUUGUACGUUUA